AUGGGCAGCGUCAGUAGCCUCAUCUCCGGCCACAGCUUCCACAGCAAGCACUGCCGAGCCUCCCAGUACAAGCUCCGCAAGUCGUCCCACCUGAAAAAGCUCAACAGGUACUCAGACGGGCUGCUCCGCUUCGGCUUCUCCCAGGACUCCAGCCACAAGUCCAGCUCCAAAAGCAGCAAGAAUGAGGACUUCUUUUACAUCAAGGUCAGCCAGAAAUCGCACGGCUCCCACCGAGCGGACUAUACCUCGCUUGCCAGCGGGGAGCUGGGCAGCCAAGCCGGGACGAGCGGCAUGGAUUUCGGAACCCCCACGCCGCAGAAGCUGAUGCCCUUUCCCAGUCAGCUGGAAGUGGGCGCGGAGAAGCCACUCGCACGACCCACCGCCUUCAAGCCGGUGCUGCCUCGGUCCAGCGCCAUCCUGCACUCCUCCCCGGAGAACGGGGGUCACCUCUCCCAGCAGUUGCACCCUGCAGACAAAGCCAAGGAGCAGGAGCUGAAGCCAGUGCUGUGCUCAGGGGGUCUGUCUGACUCCGGCAGGAACUCCAUGUCCAGCCUCCCCACCCACAGCACCAGCAGCAGCUACCAGCUCGACCCCCUCGUCACGCCCAUGGGACCCAUCAGCCGCUUCGGGGGCUCAGCCCACAACAUCUUGCAGUGUGCCAUCAUCCAGGACAGCAACAUGAUGAGCCUCAAGGCCAUGUCCUUCUCUGACGGGGGCAACAAGAUCCUCAACCCCGGCAAAGCCCCCCACCACCACGCUGCCGAGAAGACCACUUGCAUCCGUUCACCCAUCUCCACGGAUGAGUCCACCAUCCAGGAGCUGGAGCAGAAGCUGCUAGAGAGGGAGGGGGAGCUGCAGGAGCUUCAGUCGAGCUUUGAGGAGAAGGAGGUCAGCUCCUGCCAGGUGUAUGAAGAGAAGCAGCGGCGCUGCAAGGAAGAGCUGGAGGGUCUCAAGCAGAAAUGCAACAGCAAGCUCAAGCAAACCUCACAGAAAACCCAGCGAACACAGCAGGUCCUUCACCUCCAGGUGUUCCAGCUGCAGCAGGAGAAGAAGCAGCUCCGCGAGGAGCUGGAGAACCUCAUGAAAGAGCAAAACCUGCUGGAGACCAAACUGAGGUCCUACGAGAAGGAGAAGACCAGCUUCGCCCCGGCACUGGAGGAGACCCAGUGGGAGGUGUGCCAGAAGUCGGGUGAGAUCUCCCUCCUGAAGCAGCAGCUGAAGGAGUCCCAGACAGAGCUCAACACCAAGACCACCGAGAUCCUCAGCCUGAAGGCUCAGCUGAAGGAGGUGAGGGUGAAGAUGGAAGGGCUGGAGAUGAAGACCCAGGACCUGGAGGGCUCCCUGCGCACCAAAGCCAUGGAGCUGGAGGUGUGCGAGAACGAGCUCCAGCGCAAGAAGAACGAGUCUGAGCUGCUGAGAGAGAAGGUGAACCUGCUGGAGCAGGAGAUCGUGGACCUGCGGACGGAGCUCGCCAUCCUCAGGGAGCAGCUGAGCGAAGCCCGGGAGGUGUCCAGGCCUUGCGCCGUGGCGGACGAUGCUCAAGCCCUGCAGGGAGAGCUGGAGAGGCUGAGGGCAGAGCUGAAGGCUGAGCGGGACAACAACGAGCAGAUGACCUCUAGCUUCCAGCACGAGCGGCAGACAUGGAAGGAGGAGAAGGAGAAGGUGAUUCACUACCAGAAGCAGCUGCAGCAGAGCUACCUGCACAUGUACAAGAGGAACCAGAACCUGGAGAAGAUGCUCCAGCAGCUCGCUGCAGGGGAAGAUGGCAAGGAGCCCAUCGAGCUGGACAUACCGGGUGCCGACGUCCCCUACGAGGACAUCAUCGCCACCGAGAUCUGA